UCGGCUACUGGCGUUGAAAGUCGAGUCUCUCCAGCGCGCCCUCCCCGCCGCCGCCGCCAUGUCGCCGCUCGCCCGCUCGCUGCUCGCGCUCGCCGCGCUGCUCGCCGCCGCCGACGCCAUUGCAAAUCCUUCUUGCAGCGGCGUGGUGCUAGGACCUGGUGGUGGUGGUGAUCCCUACAGCAGUUCUUUUGUAAUAAAAGAAGAUAACCAACCUAGUGGCACGGUUAACAUCCCUGAUAAAUGCAGCCUAUCCGGAAAAGAGAUAGUGAGUGAGUACGUGACUGCGUGUAGUAAAGGAGGCAGUGCUCCGUACAUCACGGCCGCGGGGAAGAGAUUCUCCCCCGUUAUCAUCACGUGCCCGGAGGAUGCCGGCGGCUGCCCUAUUGUUGAGCUCAGGGUUUUUCAGGAUUGUGCUGACAAGAAAAACAUUUAUUAAAAGAAAUCUGAUUAU